ACGCUGCACCCCCUUAUUGCUUCUACGUGAUUUGUCUGCCACAAAAAGAAAAUGACGGCAUCUUCUACGACACACGCGUCUAAAGAGCAGCCAUCGGGAGAUGAACUUCCCGAAGAUGAUCCCGACAUAUCCACCGCACCGUUUGUCGAGCAGCGCGCUUUUGGCCGGGGUCUCUGGAAGAAUCCCAUUCAAUUCGUCUCGUCUACCCCCGAGACACAGCCAGCAGCUGCAUCGACAAAUGGCAAGACCAUGGCGGAAAAGUAUCUUGCCAUUAUGUUCCCAAACGGCCAGCCACAGCCAGAGCCCGAUGCAUAUCCUCGGUGCGGCAUCUGUGGUGAGCCUGUCAAGGAGUCUGAUCAGCGCAUUCACUAUCUGAGUCCUGCGCAUCAAGCUGCUCUCCCCCGCGCACCCAUCCCCUCGGCCAUAGACCGAACGAGGAUGGGGCUCAAGUACAUGGAGAAGCACGGCUUUGACGUAGAUGCGAGAAAAGGUCUGGGAUCAAGUGGUCAGGGCAUGUUGUUCCCGCUCGUACCCAAAGAGAAGCGCGACAAGUUUGGUUUAGGCAUAGACAAGAAAGAGCAUGUAAAGCAGAAGGCGUUGGGCGGUGCAAGUCGUGCAGAUGUCAAGCAGGGUAGGCUCGAUGCCGGUAGAGUCAGGAAACUUGCGCAGGUCGAGAAGAAGAAGCAUGAAAAACUGCAGACCAUGUUUUACGGCAAUGAUGAGGUGGAGAAGUACCUAGGGCAGCUGGGCGGUUGACCGCCCGAGAUGGCAUGGCUUCGCAAACUGCUAGAAAGAGAUAAUAUGCUUGUUACGACGGGCCGAAGAUUCACGGCGAGUUGCGAUCACAAAAAAAACGGUCUUUUGAAUGCGCGUACAACGGAUGACGACACACGAUUACCGAGAUUAUCCACGUAUUCGGCGGCUUGUCAUCGCAACGGCGUUGGCCUUGGUAGAUUUCGACCUCGUAUUUUUGUAAAUGCCGACACACGAGCUUUUUCACAACAAACAAAAAA